GACACCAGUCGAAGAAGCUCCUGGGACUGGGAAGAAGGCGGAGGCGAGGGACCCCGCGGCGACGCAGCCUCCAUCAACGUCCUCCGAGAGAACGGCGCCCAGUUCAAGUCCAGGCGCCUCGUCCCCAAGGCCCCUCUGAGGGCAGGGAUGCUUCGACUCUCGCUGCUGCUCGACUUCAGCUCCCCCGGGGCAUCGCCGGAUCCGGGGAUCGUCGCCGCCGUGCUCGAUCUGCCUGGAGCCCCAGUGGUGACGAGAGCGGCCUUCCUCCUGGAAUGCGCGUACUUCGUCCACCGCUGCAACCGAGGCCAGUGGCCCUUCUGGAUGAAGCUGAACCAGAGCAUUUACAAGGCAGGAGCCCCGGCCGUGCCGUCCCAGUCCCAGAUCGGGACGCGGGGACAGCCGUCCAUCAUCCGCCGGGUCCAUGCCAUCCAGAGAGCCGCGGGUCGCCUCUUCUACUCCUGGGCCGAGAUCCUUGGAGUCCGGCUCGAGGAGAUCAUGGACGAUGGGAAGAGAGAGGGUUUCCCUCAGGAGGAGGCCAGGCGGAGGCAGCUCCGUCGCGAGGACGAGGAGGAGGACUUCCUCGACGAAAGUACGUCGUUCCGUGGGUGUUGGGAUCGGUCGGCUGUCGAAGGGGAGGUGUUGGGAUCGGUCGGCUGUUGA